AUGACCAUCAGUUAUACGGCCGUCUCCCAGCGUAAACUCGCCGAAUUGGACGCAAGAAUCCCCUCCGAAUGGAGACUGUCCGACUCUCAGAUCCCCCCCGGGAUGCUCUCCCCAGCCGAAUCCGUCACCAACGUCAAGCAGUACGAGCGAGUUAACGUGAUGGAUGUCCCUCGGACCUGCGGCCUGCUCUCUGGACGAGAGCUCGAAAUUACAGAAGAGUAUGAUGCCCGGGCAUUGCUGCGCGCCAUCGCCGACAAACGCCUGACAGCCGAGGAGGUCACCACAGCCUUCUGCAAGACUAAAGCAAUGCAGAGAGCCGCAGUCGCCCACCAACUCACCCGCUGCCUGACCGAGCCGCUCUUCGACCGCGCCCUCCAGCGCGCGCGCGAUCUCGACGCCCACCUGCACCGCACCGGCCGCCCGCUCGGCCCCCUGCACGGCCUCCCCGUCUCCGUCAAAGACUGCUUCCACAUCGCGGGCGUCGACUCGAGCAUCGGCAUCGCCGCGCUGGCAUCCCGCCCCGCCACGGAGGACGCACCCCUCGUGCAGCUCCUCACUGCCCUCGGCGCCAUCGUCCUCGCCAAGACCAACGUCCCGCAGACCAUGGGCGCCCUCGACAGCGCCAACUUCGUCUUCGGCCGCACGCUGAACCCGCUGAGCCGCCGGCUCUCCGCGGGCGGCAGCUCCGGCGGCGAGGGCGUGCUCGUCGCGCUGCGCGGCUGCAUGGUCGGGUUCGGCACGGAUAUCGGCGGGAGUAUCCGCGUGCCGGCCAUGUGCACCGGGGUGUACGGGUUCAAGCCGAGUGUGGGGCGCGUGCCCUGUGGCGGGCAGGAGAACGGGCAGAUCCCGGGCAAGGGCCGGAUCGCGCUGCAGGCGGUGGCGGGGCCGAUUGCGCGGUCGGUCGGCGAUCUGGCGGCGGUGAUGGAGGAGAUUGUGCCGAGGGCGGAGCUGUUCGGGGAGGACUGCGUCCCCGGGAGCUGGGCGGGUGAGUUCCCGCGUGCUGGGCCGGGCGUGCAGAGGAGGCAUGUGACGAUCGGGGUGCUCCGGUCGGAUGGGCUGGUGCAGCCCCUUCCGCCUGUGGCGAGGGUGCUGGACGAGGUCGCCCGGACGCUGCGCCGGACGCCGGGCGUCGAGGUGGUCGAGAUCCCGGUCCCGGCGGCGCUGGCGCAAUGCCAGGGUCUCGCCGGCCGGCUGAUGGGUGUGGACGAUGGAUCGGCCAUGCUGGAUCUGCUGGAGAGGACGGGGGAGCCGUUGAUUCCGUGGCUGCAGGGCCGCAUGAAGCGCGGCAAGGCGCUGAGCGUGGUGCAGCUGGCGCAGCUGCAGGCGCAGCGGUCUGCGCUCGAAAAGGAGCUGUUGAGUCUGUGGAUGCGCGACGGCGACAAGCUGGCGGGACGGGGGGUCGAUGCCAUCAUCCACCCGGUUGCGCCGCAUCCGGUCCCGGAGAUCGAUCGGUAUAAUGCCGUGGGAUACACGUCGUCUUUUGUGCUGCUGGAUUACCCGGCCGGUGUCAUUCCCGUGCGUAGGUUCCGCGAGACGGAUCUGGAGCUGGGCAAGGAGAUGACGGCGCCGGUGCUGGGGAGCUGGGACAAGGCUAAUCGGCAGUUGUGGAACGAGAAAACGGUGGAUCGGCGAGUAUACCUGGACUCUCCCCUCAGCAUCCAGGUAGUAACGCCCAAGCAGCACGACUACGAGCUCUACCGGGCCAUGGAGAUCAUCGACCGAGCAGUGCGGGCAGAGGAGCACAAGACAGUCGCCAAGCUGUAG